GAUUUGGCUAAAAGCAGAGAACCAUGCUCCUUUCUCAGAAAAGUGUAGGCGACAAGGGACAAACAAUACUAAUGGAAGUCCAGUGGUUAAUGUGAGAAGAGUUGAAAGAAUUGUAAACAGUUUGCAACACUUGGAAAAAGGUGUUGAAGUAGUUCAUACACAGGGUCAAAAUGAACCAAAAGGGAAGGAAAUUACGGGUUUGAGCAGGAAGGAUAACAAUGUACUAAACAUGGAGGACUUAAACCAAAUGCAACCUAUGGAGGUAACAAAUUAUGGAUCACAUGAAAAAGAAUUUGGUGGUGGAAAGAGAUAAUGCUGGAGAAGAUAAUUAUGUUAGGAUUACAACAAUCUCAAAACAUGUUUUGAAUAUGGCUUCGAAGAAGAAUGACAUGAGUUCACAAAAUUCAGCUAAUGAGAACAUGUUUGACAACACAACAAGGGGAAAAGAUGAUAUUACACAGAUUAACUCGAAGGAAGUGCAAGACAACAUACAUCAAGUUCUCACAGCUCCUGAAAAGAUGGACAUCCACACCAAAACAACUACUGAACAAGAAAACAAGGACCAGAUGCAGGUCUACAAAGGGAGAAGGAAAAAGCAAGCAUCGGAAUGGCAGCUAUAGAUAGUUUUGGUUAUUUGCUUCAUGCCUUUGGUACCCCUAUUCAAUUUGUAGGGAAGGCCAUAACUGUUGAAGCACUACCAAUUCAGGAAGCUGUGGAAAGAGCACUACCAAAGGGUUGGUCAACGGUUCACAUACUGUCAGAUGCAAAGAAUGUCAUACAAAUGUUGCAAAAGAAUUUGAUAACAUCUUGGGAAAUAGAGACCAUUUGCGAGGAUGUCUGGCGAUUGAUGUAGUCUUUUGAAGAAAUUGAGAUUAUAUAUAUUCCUCGAACAUGGAAUGUAUUAGCCCAUAAUCUAGCAAAAAUUUAUAUUUCAGGAUUUCUUGGGACUAUGCCUUUCCAAGUUGUGUUGUAACGGAUGCAAUGGUGUCUUAUGGACAUCUGAAACAUGUUUUAAAGUAAUGCAAUCAAGUGUUUUCAGAAGAAAAAAAAACUUGAGUUUCUUGGAUACUAGUUCUUCUAGGAUGCAACUUCUUUUGGUUUUUUUGAAUAAUAUUGAGUUGGACUCCU